UCUUCUUUCCCUCUUUGGUAUCACAAUUUCUCUUCUAUGAUUCUUCAAAUAUUUCCAACAAUGGAGACAUGGUAUCUCGUACUCAUUCUCAUCAUCUCCAUCACCAGUUUUCUCCCGUUUAAAUCCUUAUUCCCCAUCCGCAAUCUCCCUCCUGGCCCCCUUAGCUUCAACUUAAUGUUCCUGCGCAACUCUGUUAAUUUGGAGGCUAUCCUUCGCUCCCUCCAUUCCAAGUUCGGUCCAAUCUAUACUCUCUAUAUGGGUCAUAUCCCCGUCAUCUUCAUUGCUGAUCAUUCCCUUGCUCAUCAGGCCUUAGUUCAAAACAGUGCUAUUUUUGCUGACCGUCCACCAGAUUUUGCCAUAUCUAAAGUUCUUAGUUCCAAUCAGCUCAGUGUCACUACUGGUUUUUAUGGUCCUACUUGGCGUCUUCUCCGGCGUAAUCUUACCUCUAAAAUCCUCCAUCCUUUGAGAGUUAAGUCUUAUGGACGUGCUCGCAAACGGGUUUUCCAAAUUCUUAGGAAUCGGAUUGGAUCACAAGCAAAAUCUGGUCACCCUGUGUUUCUUAGUGAGCAUUUUCACUUUUCUUUGUUUGCCUUGUCAGCUUUUAUGUGUUUUGGUGACAAGCUUGAUGAAGACCAGAUUAAACAGACUGAGAAAGUUCAACGGGAAAUCCUUCUGUGUUAUCGCAAGUAUAAUAGGCUCAAUUUCUUGCCAAGAUUGACAAAGAUUUUCAUGCGGAGGCAGUGGGAUGAGUUCUUUCAAAUCCGAAAAAACCAAGAAAAUGUUCUGAUUCCAUUGAUAAAAGCAAGAAAGAAGUUAAAGGAAGUGAACAAUGAAGAACGCCAAUAUGACUUCACCUUAUCGUAUGUUGAUACUUUGUUCGAUUUAGAACAUCCUGAAGAAAAAAGAAAGCUUCAUGAUGAUGAAAUGGUUAGUUUAUGCUCCGAGUUCCUUAAUGCCGGAGCGGAUGCUACUGCAACAACUUUAGAAUGGAUCAUGGCGAAUUUGGUUAAGUACCCAGAAAUUCAGGAAAAGAUACUCGUUGAGAUUAAAGGAGUAAUCAAAGAUGGAGAGGAAGAGGUAAAGGAAGGGAAUUUGCAAAAGAUGCCAUAUCUAAAAGCAGUAGUUUUGGAGGGUCUAAGAAGGCAUCCUCCAGCACAUUUUGUGCUGCCACAUGCAGUAACACAAGAUGCAGUGUUGCAUAAGUAUUUGAUACCAAAGAACGGAAUAGUAAGUUUUCUGAUAGCUGAUAUUGGUUUGGAUCCAAAAGUGUGGGAAGAUCCAAUGGCUUUUAAGCCUGAAAGGUUCCUGAAUGAUGAAGGUAAAGCAUUUGAUAUAACAGGUAGCAGAGAGAUAAAGAUGAUGCCUUUUGGUGCAGGUAGAAGGAUUUGUCCUGGUUAUGGUUUGGCAAUGCUUCUUUUGGAGUAUUUUGUGGCUAAUUUGAUUUGGAACUUUGAGUGGAGAGCUGUUGACGGAGAUGAAAUUGAUUUAUCAGAAAAGCCAGAAUUUACAGUGGUGAUGAAGAAUCCGUUGCAGGCACAAAUAUCUCCCAGGUUCAUUAAAUGAAAUGUUCAAGUGAUUUUGUUGUGUCUGUAAACUUUAUAAAAGAACCAUUUAAGGAUAUGUAAUAACUCGUUAUAAUAAUAACCCUAUUUAAGGGUAUUUCUAUAAAGAAAAAAAAAAUGCUAUAUAAGUGUAUUGAAAGAUGUAAUAACUUAUAAUUAUAUUACUUAAUAAUAAUGCUAUUUAAGGGUAUUGAAAGAUGUAAUAAACUCAUUAUUAUAUUGCUAUUUAAUUUUUUAAGUGUAUAUAUUAUUAUGAAUAUUUAAUUAAUUAUUGUUAAAUAGAUUAUUAUAUAAUUACUGAGCUAAUUCUAGAUUUUUUUUGGUCCUUUUGACAAGCAUAUACUUUUAGUGUAGAGACAGUAUCACACAUCCUAAUUGCCUUCAUUCACUUUGACUGGUAUGACUACAAUUCUGGAUAGCAAAUAAUUAUAUUCUUCAACAAGCAGUUUCACGAAUAUUCUAGAAAACAUUAUACAAAUAUUAAUUUAAAUAUGGCCGCACACGAAAAACAUUAACAAGCUAUAUCGAAAUGUUGCUCUUCACACCCUAAAUUACUGUCCCAACUUUUCCCUCCUAAAAAUGAACUUCUCUUAUAGGCUCGCUUCACGUAAUCCAAUGAUUUUUUUUUUUUUUUUUUUUGAUAUUUCUAGUGUGCGGUCAUAUUUAGAAAAUACAUUUUACAGAUUUCUUAAAUUUGAGAUUAGAAUUUAGGGUUUAAAAUUUAGAGUUUAAAAGGCAAUUGUUAUAAACAUUUAUCUCACCACGACGACGUGGAGUUCAAUACCCAUGGCAGAACGACUCCAAAAAUUCACUUUUAAUUCUUUUUCAUUAUUCUUUCACUUUCUCAAUUUUUAAAUUACACAUCAAUAAAGAAAUCAAACUUUUGAAUCAAUUGAGUAUUUAAAUCUUGAUCUCUUCUAUAAAGCAUGGUUGUUGGCAGGGAGUUUGAAAAACUCAA